GUUGCAUAGAGGGGCGGUGACGUGGUGUAGGGGUUGUCCAGCUGUGCACAGCAGCGCUAGUAAAAGUGGAAAAGUAAACACUGGCUUUCUGUCCGGCGGUAGUUCCGGGGUCUGUCUUAAUUUCUGCUGUGUUGUCCUCGUCUUAUGUUGUAGGUAAAAGUCACUUUGGCCCAUUUUAGGCAAUCAUGGCUCUUCUAAUGGAGCACCAGUUCCGGCAACUUCCAGCCGACAAACAAGUGGAGACCCGGCCGUUUCUCGAGGCGGUGUCUCACCUUCCUCCUUUCUUCGAUUGCCUUGGCUCUGCUGUUUUUUCCCCCAUCAAAGCUGAUAUUACGGGUAACAUCACUAAAAUCAAGGCUGUGUAUGACAGCAACCCUACCAGGUUUAAAACCCUGCAGAACAUUUUGGAAGCAGAGAAGGAGAUGCAUGGAAACGAGUGGCCAAAAGUAGGAGCAACACUUGCCCUAAUGUGGCUGAAAAGGGGGCUACGCUUUAUCCAGGCUCUUCUCCAGAGUCUAGUGGAUGGGGAUAAAGAUGAAAACAACCCUAACCUCAUCAGAGUCAACAUCACCAAAGCUUAUGAGAUUGCACUGAAGAAGUAUCAUGGCUGGUUUGUCCAGAAGCUCUUUCAAGCAGCACUAUAUGCCGCACCAUACAGAUCAGAUUUUCUCAAAGCUCUUUCUAGAGGGCGAGAGGUAAAAGAGGAAGAAUGCUUGGACAAAGUGCGGCAGUUCCUAGUAAACUUCAGAGCUACUAUUGACGCCAUCUAUGAAAUGUACACCAAAAUGAAUGCAGAGCUGGACUACACUGUGUGAUUUCACAUUCACAAAACAAGCAAACUUCAGACCUCAUCUUCUGCCCUCCCACUGGAUCACUGUCGCCUCCCGUUAGACACCUCCUUAGUCUCCUCACAGGACUGUUCUUCUGUCCUACUGGAUCCUGCAUCUCCAGCAGUAUACUGUUGUGUUUUCUCUAGGGGGACAAUUAUGGUCCAAGCUGCUGAAGUCUCUGAGGGAGGAUGUCUGUUAUGGUUUGUUCUGUUUGUGUUAAUGGUUUGAAUGCCUUGGCUUUUCUUUAGAAGAGUAGUAUUCUUAAAAAGACAGUUUGUGAGUGAUUCUGUAUGUGUUCCUUUAACAAUAUACUGCAAAUAUAAUUGUACUUAUAUAAAUUAUACCAAAAACAAAAGUCUGCAGACUCUCUAACCAAAUAUCUGACACUGACUGUACUGCUGUUUGUUUUUACUUUGGAUUCUAUUUUAUGAGAAAAAAAAAACUUGAAUAUGACAUUAAAUAUAAAGAAAACACUUCCUUUGAAGUGACAAUGAAGACACUAUUGUGUUGCGAAACAUUUUCAGUAAAUUUCUAUAAUAUUUUCUUAAUUUACUUCUACACGACAUUUUAUGACUCUUGUUAUAUGGAUGACUGUGAAUCUUCAUUGAUGUAAUUGGUCUGUUUAUGUAAUAUAAUGGAAAAGUACUCUUGGUUUUUACAUUUUAAUUUGUCAUUCCAAAAUUAUCAAAUGUUAAAUUAAUUCACUGCUUUUUAGAAAUAAAUGUUAUUUUACUUCA